UAUGAAUUAAAUUAAAUCUUACCACUGGCGAUGACAAUAAACAAUAAAUUUAAUUAACUCUUGCAAGUAUAUGCUGUGCAUAGCUAAUUGUAUAUUUAAAAUAUAGCGCAAAGAAACUUGAAGAAAAACACGUAUAAUCUGAGGGCAGACAGAAGUGCAUAAUCAGUGCUUGAACUGUGCGAAUUUUAGUGUAGACAACUUCUGGUGCGGCGUCAUGGAGCCACCAUCAGUUGGCGGCGGAGCUGCCCACAAUACGACACACAAAUUUCAUCCAUGUGAUGAGGCUGUUAUAGCCACCAACGAUGAUGCGAGUGACUGCAAGCGCUGCGCCGUGCGUUUGGGCUAUUGGAAGGACGACUACAUUGGGUACUUUGUGCGCAAUCAGGAGAGGAAGGCGCCUGAGAUCAAUCGUGGCUACUUUGCACGCGUCAAGGGCGUCGAGAUGUGUGUGGACAAGUUUCUCAAGAAAACGGGUGGCAACUGCCAGAUAAUUAAUCUGGGCUGUGGCUUCGAUACGCUCUACUUUCGCCAGGAUACAGCGCAUCAGGUGAAGAACUUUAUUGAGCUGGACUUUCCCACAGUAACGGCGCGCAAAUGCUACACAAUCAAGCGCAAUAAGGCCUUGCUGGCCAGGAUUAACGCCGAGGAUGGCGAGGUGCGUCUAAGUCCAACAGAUCUGCAUGGACCCAACUAUCAUCUGAUGGGCGUGGAUUUGCGUAACCUGGAUGAGGUGGACAGCAAGCUGGCGCAGGCUGAGGUGGACUACACGCUGCCUACAAUCUUCUUGGCCGAAUGUGUGCUGGUCUACAUUGAGGCACAAAAUUGUCACAAUUUGCUCAAAUGGAUAGCGCAGAAGUUCAAAUCCGCCGUCUUUGUUAACUAUGAGCAGGUGAAUAUGAACGAUCGCUUUGGUGAGGUCAUGCUCAACAAUUUGCGUAGUCGUGGCUGCAGCCUGGCUGGCGUGGAGUCCUGCUUGUCGCUGGAGACGCAGACGAAUCGCUUCAAGGACUGUGGCUGGAGUGGUGCACGCGCUUGGGAUAUGGUGCAGGUUUAUGAAAGCAUCUCAGCAGCGGAGCGACAGCGCAUAGAGCGUUUGGAAAUGCUGGACGAAGGCGAGCUAUUGUUGCAGCUGUUCCAGCAUUACUGCCUGGCUGUUGCCUGGUUGGGUGUUGAUUUUCAGGAUUUGGAUAUCACUGUGGAAGAUCUGAUGUCCUCGCUUAAUAUCGAGUAAUUGGCGCCAAAUGGUGGAACGUUAUUUAUUCAGUCUACUUUCUGUUUGCUGCUGCUGAUGCUGUCUUCGGGUUAAGCCACAGAUCAUGCCAAACUUUGCUUCGAGUGUUACGCCUAAUGUGUUAAAUAAAUUGCAAAUUUACAAUUAAAAUGUAACUAAUACUUGUCAUUUACACAUGCAUUAUUAAUGUGUAUUAUUUUAAGUUUUAUCUUCUUUUUUUUUUGCCUCCCGCCCAUUAAAGACUUUGUUCUGUAAAUUUCUAGUGUGAGUUGUAAAUGUAAUUCGAAAUAAAU